AAUGCCAAACUGGGUGAUGCUAGACAGAUGCCAACCAAUUGUCUCAUGGUCCAAGCCAGACCCAGGAGCCUUUAUAUAAAGACAGCCCUCUGUCCAGAUGCCUCAGCCUGAAUGACUGCUUGCCUGUGAGGAGGGUUCUGCUUACCUGCGUGAAUCAGAACCAUGUGUGACCAGCAGCAGAUUCAGUGUUGCCUGCCCCUGACCCAGUGCUGUGUGAAGGGGUCCUCCUUCUGCCCCUCCCAGUAUCCCUGUGCCAAGGGCCAGGUGGUGGUCCAGGCCCCUUGUGAGAUGCAAACUGUGGAGUGCCCUGCACCGUGCCCAGUUAAAGUUUCCCAGGUAAAAGGCCAGGCUCCGUGCCAGUCUAAGACCACCCAGGUGAAGUGCCAGGCUCCGAGCCAGCCUCAAAUUCCCUGUGUUCAAUGCCAAGUUCCAUGCCAGUCUGGGGUUUCCUAUAUGCAGUGUGAAACCCUGUGCCCUGCGCAGACCUGCUAUAUUGAAUGUGCUCCAGUGUGUUACACAAAAACUUGUGAUGUGGAAUGUCCAGUCCAGACCUAUGUACCCUGCCCAGCACCUCAGCCUGUCCAGACUUAUGUAGCAGGUCCCCCGGCAUGCCAGACUAAGGGAAGAUUCUCCACCCAGUGCCAAUACAAGGGCUCCUACCGCAGCUGCGCCCCUCAGCAUCAGUGCGUGCCUUCAUUUAGCACCUAUGCACCUCAGUGCCAGACCCAGGGCUCUUAUGGGCGCUUCACCGCGCAGCGCCGCUCGCGGAGCACCAGCAGAUGCCUCCCUCCUCGCCAGCUGCAGCCUUCAUACCGCAGCUGCUCCCUACCGCGAUGUCCUGAGCCCUACUACAGCAGCUGCCUGCCGUCAAGAUGCUCUUCAGGUUCCUAUAACUAUUGCACCCCGCCCCGCCGCUCUGAGCCCAUCUAUAAGAGUGACUGUCCUCGGCGUCCCACUUCAGGCUGCUCUCAGAGAUGUGGACCCAAGUGCCGCAUAGAGAUUUCCUCGCCCUGCUGCCCCAAGCAGGUUCCCCCCAAGAAGUGUUCUGUUCAGAUUCCUCCCAUCAGACGCAGCUCUGAGAGUUGUACCCCACAACCCUCCUGGGGUACCUCUUGCCCAGAUCUGAAGCCACGUAUAGAGCCGUGUCCACUCCCAAGCUUCCGUCCUCUGCGGCGUUUGGACCAAAGUCCAGAGCCAUCACAGUAGCAAUGUCCAGUUCCUGCUCCACGUCCCUGUCCGUGUCCUGCUCCACGCCUAUGUCCACUUCCUGCUCCACAUGUAUGUUCACGUCCAGCAGCGUGUACAAGUCCGGUGUUCCGCCCGUGUCCUCCACCACGGAGAUUUUCAGAGCCCUGUCUGUGUCCAGCCCCACAUCCUCGCCCAGCACAGUGUGAGCUUCCAGCACCACAUCCACAUCCACGGCCCUGUGUGCGCCAAGAAUCUUGUCCAUUUCCAGAGCCAAUUCCUCUUCUGUUGCCCUGCCAAAGCCCAGAGACACGUGUGGAGCCCUGGUGUUGUCCCAGACCACGCUCAGGCCCAAAUCCAAAUCCAUGCACAGGAGACCUAGGCUGUCAUGAGUCCAUUCCACACUGCCUGGACAUCGAGGCUCCCAGCUUUUAUAAGCGGUGGCAAGAGAGUGGAGCUGGCUGUAGACCUUGCCAUGUAAACCUUCCAGAGCCACAGGGUCUUGGUGGUUGUGGAGACCAAUGAAGCACCAGUGUUGGAGUGAAAGGUGGGGCCAGUGCUGGAGCAAAGCGUGCCUAUUUUUAAAGAAAGCGUGGCUGAGACAUCCCUACCUCUUGCCCUGAAAAUGUUUUUCCUUCAUUCCCAGCAGCCACGGUUUCCAACGUGUUCUGGUUUGUAUCUCUCCAAAGACAUUCACAGGCUCCCUGCUACAGAGGUGAUGUCCAAACUCCUUAGUGUGUCAUCUCAGGAUCCACACCUGGAUCUCAGACACCUUUCCAGCCUCACAUCUGACUCCUCCCCUGUACAUAUCCUUAGUUCUAGCCAGACCAGUCUGGCCACCACGGCACAUCUUGGGUGUUCCCAGGACGUACCUUCGGGGUCCCUGCCUCCAAGCCUCUGCUCACUCUUUCCCCACUAUCUGAACCACUUCUCUGCUAUUCCCAGUAUCUAAAAUCCAACCCAUAUUUCAAGACUGCUUCCUUGGAGUCUUUUGUUUUUGUUCCUACCUAUUUUCCUAUCUACAGGAGCCUGGCUGAUUUCCUAGAACUCACUGCAUCAUCCACACUGUCUGUUUGGCAACUGCCUUGCAACGUGUCUUGAAUUGUUAUUUCACUUUUCAGGAGUGUCUGUCUUACCUAGUCCAACUAGGUUGUAAACUCCCAUUUGAAUGGAGUCAGGGUAUCCCCAAGGUCCCAUACUUCUCCUGGGUCAGGCAGCUGCUCAGCAAGGCUUCUGGGUUUGCAGCUUGAGCCAUGGUCUGUCACGACGGGCAACCCCAGGACUGGAGACAAGAGGAGACCAUGUACCAAUAAAGAUGAUGAUACCCUCACAGCCUAAAUCCUGCAUGACGCCUGUGUUUUACUCCUUUCUGACUCUCUGGGAUGAGUUGUUGUUGUUGUUUUUGUUUUUUAACUUUUCUUCUUGGGUUUAUUUUACCCAUGGUCUGAGCUUUCCUUAGACUAGACUGGGUGGGCUGCCUUGUAGGUUUUCUGUCUCCCCUCAGUGUCCCCGGCCCCUACUGGGAAAAGGUGGAUGAAAGGGAUGAGGAAUGAGGGAACAGGGAGGAUAACUCUUGCUCCUCAAUUUAGGGGUAGAGGUCACUGCCCUGGGUUGGGCAGUUCACCCAGCUCUGGGGCCUUAGUCACAGCCACGUGAAUUCUAUGGAGUCAGGGAAGGGAGAAGGGAGCCUGGGAUAGGCUCUCUGGGAUACUUCACACAGGAUGUACUCUUAUUUGGUUCA